GGAGAGAGACGGGUGCUUAUAAACACUGAGGCAACCGGUGCAACGUAUUUUGUUUUGCAACAAAAAUGCAUCUGCAGAAGCCCUGUUCGUCUCGAGCUACGUACGGUUGCGGAGGAAUGAUACGUGCAUGAGUAGCACAUCAGCUCUACUGAUGAACUUGGAAAUACUGCACUUCUUGGGCCUUGACAGACCGUUUGGAAUUUGGACAUUGACACUGGCAGACAGCAGCCUGAUAUCUCCACGCAUAAAAGGAGGAAAAUGGUCACCAUUGCAACCACAGUAACCCCUGAGCCCCUUACUGCCCUCUCUCGGUGGUACCUGUACGCCAUCCAUGGUUACUUCUGCGAAGUCAUGUUCACAGCUGCCUGGGAGUUUGUGGUCAACUGCAACUGGAAGUUUCCCGGUGUGACUAGUGUCUGGGCACUCUUCAUCUACGGCACAUGCAUCCUGAUCGUAGAGCGCAUGUAUCUCUGCCUGCGGGACCGAUGCAACGUCCUUCUCCGCUGCAUUAUUUACACGUUGUGGACAUACUUGUGGGAAUUUGGCACAGGUCUACUACUAAGUCAGUUCAACGCUUGUCCCUGGGACUACUCUGAGUUUAAAUAUAAUUUCAUGGGCCUGAUCACGGCAGAGUACGCCCUGCCCUGGUUCUGUGCUUCGCUCAUUGUAGAGCGCCUAGUGAUACGCAACACGCUGCGAUUGCGCUUUGACGAGGCUGUUGAGCCCUGUCAGGACAAAGAACAUCUGGAUAGAAGUGGUGAAGGAGGGGGAGAACGAAGAGGAAGAGGGGCCACCAGUGCUAACGGGUAUGUGAAGGUGGAUUAAAGCAACAGACGGCCCCUUUCCACUUAAAAAGUGGAGUUCACCGCAACCCUAUCCCGUCACUCACAACUCUUAUCCACACAUCUGUCUAUCUUUCUCCCACUCACGGAAACAGCUGGCAUAGCUCUACCAAAAGACAAUUGGACGAGGAACUGUCUGGUUUAAUCUUCUGUCCAGCUGGCGUUCUUCCCUCACGUGGAGAAACAUUCAGGCGGCACAGUAGUGCACAAAACGAAAUGCCCUGCCUUUGGGCAUUAGCAUGUAGCUGUUCUGGGUUUGUCAGUAGGAGUGGUGCCUGGUGACAAACAAAGAACUAACCCUACACCUAUCCCAGUACCAUACCUCUCAAACCAGUCCAUCCACUUCGGAAUCUCUGGGAGGAGAUUAAUGAAUUGUGUUCCCUUGAGGAUGCCAUCACAAUAACAUGGAAACCUGGAACACAGGACACAGCAUUUGUAGAGAGACAAAAAUAAAUAUAUCAAAUGCUUUUUAGAAUAUAAACUGCGCACAUGAUAUAUACUGUAUGUAGUAGCAAAAGCAAAUAACUGUUAGAAUAAAAGCAAACCUUUUGGACGUUAGUUUGUGGCAUUUAUCUCAAUGUAGUUUUAAUUACUUUUGAAUUGUAAUAAUAUAUAAAAUAUUGCAUUGUAUGUACUGUAUACCCUAAAGCAAUGCCUAGGCUUGUACUAGACUUUUUAUAUUCAUCAUAAAAAUUCAGUGCUUGCACAUGCAUGAACGUUGUCUUCCAAGAGAAUUUUCAUCUGGGACUGUUCUAUAAAAUUCAUUUCUUCCAUUUUUUUUUUCUAAUGGCGUUUAACACAUAAAGGAGUACUAAGAUAUGUUUUUCAUAUAUACAGUAGAGUGCUGGUGCUCAUUACUGAUGCUAUGAAAACAUCACAGUCUCUAAUUACUCUGGAGAGGGUGUGUUUUAUAGAUGUGUAAAUGAAGUGAACUGGUGCUAGAUUCUCAUCAAGUCAUUUUGAUCUGAUGAUGGUCACAAUAUAGGGCAUUUAUGUAGGUAGAUAACCUCAGGAAUGUCCACAUUAAAGCAAUAGUUCAAAUAAAACUUCACAAUUUUGUCAUCAUUAACUUUCCCUUGUGUUGUUCCAAACCCAUAUGACUUUCUUGGCUUUGUAGAACACUAAAAGAGAAAAGAACAUUUUUAACCUCAGUCACCAUUCACACUUACAUUGUAUGGAAUAAACAUGAAAUGAAAGUGAAUCACCUCCUUGUAUGUUCCUUUGGGGUCAUAUGGAUUUGAAACAACAUGAGGAUUAGUAAACAAUGACAUGAUUUUAUUUAUCCCUUUAAGUAUUUCACAUUCACACUAUAGUCUCCCAUAUACCAUGAAAUAAUGGAUCAAGACUGAAAGUAAUACUGUGGCCCUUUAAGUCAACAUCACCAAAACCCAUCUUUACAUUACAAUAUGGCAUUGGAGCAUAUUUAAACUACUGCAUGCUCCUCUGGCUUGGUAUUACCUGCAUGGUAACUCACAGUUACAGGUUAUGAAUAUUCCAGAAAGCUUUGUUGCACAUCUGUACUGUUCUGUUGUAUCUGACACAACAAAAAUGUAUU